AUGGCUCCCAAAGACGACGUUGAGGCUAAGCCUGCUUGUCAUCCUCGCGCAAUAGACUGCCUCACACGCAAUGGUUAUAACGAGGACAAAUGCCAAACCGUCAUCAGGCAGCUCUACGAGUGCUGCGAAAUCUUCUACGAAAGAUAUGGCGAAGAAGCCUCAACCGUGAGCUGUCCAAAGCCAUAUCUGCUCAAGCUCAAGAUGAAGCAACUCCGGGAGGAAGGAAAGUGA